GCCGCAAUGCGACACUGCGGCAGUGUCUUCUCGACAAGAUUGGUGAUACCCCCGAGACCACCCGUAUCCUCAAAGAUAUCCGGUUUCUAGGACGGCUACAUGCAGCAUACGAAACGUUCACCGAGUGCGCCAAAACUUUCACAAACUUCAAAGGGCUGAAGUUCGAGUAUAUUGCCGGCCGGGCACCGCAACCUCCUACGAACCCAAGCAACAACAGUGUGGACAGUCUGCUGCAGAGAAAGGGAUUCGAUCCUUCGACGGUUUUCCGCGGCAUCGACCGCAAGGAGUUUAUGCGGGAAUGCCGCAAGCCCCUGCAUGUCCAUUGUGAAGUGAAUCUGCUGCUGGAGUUGUUGAAGUCCCAAAACAACUCCACGGAAUCCUUGAAGUAUAUUGGCAUCAGCAGGAGAUGUUGCUUUCUCUGCUUCCACUUCUUGAAGCUCAUGCGUUUCGAGAAUAAGGGGACUCAUGGAAAGGUUUAUCCGUAGUGGGACAUAGUAGUACCAUCUCCCGCCGUGCUUAGUACUGAGAGUAUAGCUUUUGCCUCGAGGAAGAUGGAGGAGCUUGUCGCCAGCAGGCUUUCACAGCCAAAGUCCACCGUGCACAUGGUAGCGGAAUCCUCCACAGCCGUUACCACUGCGCGAGAAGAUGUUGCGGUCAACGCACUGAAGAAGAAGGCGUUGGAAAGAGCGCGUCAGCAACAGAAUCGCACGAACAUCCCCUCCC